ACAAGAUGUGAUUUUGAACUCGCAAACAUGUUGACGUUGCAGUCCAUUUUAUGUUGUAUCGUAGUGAUUUUGUUAUUGACAUUGUACUAUUUCAUCCAGAGACAAUAUUCCUUUUGGAGAACUCAAGGAGUUGUCUAUGAAAGACCAUGGUUCCCUUUUGGAAAUUUGGGCUUUCUAAUGCGGAAGAGUUUUCCCGAAUUCUUCCACGAGCUAAGUAUAAAGUACAAAUGUGAUUACGUCGGUAUAUUUAUGGGAUGGAAACCCACUUUAGUGAUACAGUCACCGGAGUUAGCUCAGCAGAUUUUGGUGCAGGAUUAUCACUACUUUCGGGACAGGCAUUUAUAUAGUGGUUAUUCCGACCCAAUAGGCGCUUACAACUUAUUCACAUUGAAGGGUCAGCUUUGGAGGGACAUGAGGAAUGAAUUAACACCAAUAUUCACAUCUUCAAAGCUCAGAUCUAUUACUGAAUGGUGUAACUUGAGCGCUACGGAACUGGUCAUGAAAAUACAAAGGGAUCACAUUGAAGGCAAUAAGGCUGUGAACACAAGAGAGCUAUUCGCAAUGUACAUAUCAGAUAAUAUAGCAUUCACAGUGUUUGGAAUCAGAGAAAGCGCUCUGAACGGUGAAGACUCUCCAAUGUGGCAGCUGACCCAGCAUAUAGUAACCUGGAAUUUUUGGAGAGGAUUAGAAUUCUUCUUGAUCUUCUUUCUACCAGGCAUUGCUUCCCUUUUCAGAUUAAAAGUAUUCUCCGAACAAGGUUCUCAAUAUAUAAAGAAGAUGUUUUGGAAUGUAGUAGACGAGAGAAGAAGAAGAGGCUUUAAGGAUAGCAAGGAUUUGGUCAAUAUUUUACUUCAAUUGAGAGGAAAGUACAAUGAUGAAUCAAAUCCAGAAUUUGCAGAUGAUCUGAUGAUAGCACAAGCAGCUGUUUUCAUCUUGGGUGCGGUAGAUACGUCAUCGACUGUACUUAGUUAUUGUUUGCAUGAACUGUCACAUCAUCCAGAUGUUCAGGAGAAAUUGUUUAGAGAAAUAGAAGCAGCAAUGCACAAGAAACAAGAGAAAGUUUUAGAUUACGUUGCUUUAUUGGAACUGAAAUAUCUGACGGCAUGUAUAAAUGAAACUAUGCGCAAAGACACUCCAAUUGCAGAAUUGGAUAGAAUAUGCAUUGAAGAUUACAAAUUAAAUGAUGAUCUAGUCAUUACAAAAGGAACGCCCGUUUUGGUAAAUACCUUGGCUAUCCACCACAAUGAGAAAUAUUAUCCUGAGCCAAAUGAAUGGAGACCAGAAAGAUUUUAUGGCAAAGUUCACUCUAAUCAACAUUUUUUGGCAUUUGGAGAUGGACAGAGGAAUUGUAUUGGUAAACGUUACGCUUACAUGCAGAUGCGUGCAGCUUUGGUGCAGAUAAUUUAUAAUUAUAAAGUGUUGCCUGGGAUGCCAUAUGAAGUGAAGUCUCACCCAUAUAGUAUUACCCUAGCCCCGUAUAACGGGGGUAUUGUUAAAUUUGUGUUGCGUUCAGAAAAUUAAAGUAUUUAAACGA